AUGUUGUCCAUGAUUCUGAACGAUAUGCCUCCUCCACCGCCGCCUCCUGCUACGGCAAACGUAGGGCCCAAGUUCCCUGUCUAUCUGCUUCCGAGCUUCAGUGUGCCAUUUCGCAGACGCCGCCAAAGCUCGCUUUCAAGUCACGCAGGCGCAACAGUCAAUGACAUUCCGUCCUUGAGCAACUCGCCAACAGACUCGGUGCUUUCAAGUCCGGUAGAGAGCCCGCCGACACCGUCGUUCUUCCCACCCAGAUUCUCCCUGUCCAAGGAUAUCUUCCGCCGCUCCUCUGCAGGAGCCCCCAAUGUUUCGAAGCUCACCAGAACACAACCCGACACCAUACGAUGCUCCACAUGCGGGACCGACUUUGCCUUCUGCUCGCAGAUCGUGAGCAAGGGCUUCACGGGUCGCUACGGUCGAGCGUAUUUAGUAUCGGCACCAGACAACUCGCCCAAGAAGGCGGGCUCGGGUCUGAUCAAUAUCAAGGUCGGCAAGUCCGAAACUCGCGUGCUCGUGACUGGUUCGCACGUUGUCGCCGACAUCAUUUGUGCCGUGUGCCAUACAAAGGUUGGCUGGAAAUAUGUGGACGCGAAGGAGGAGUCACAGAAGUACAAGGUCGGCAAGUUCAUCCUCGAGACCCAGCGAGUCGUCGACUACAGGAGCUGGGAAGACGUCAUAGUUGACGAGAUGCCCGAGCUCGAGAUGGAACAGAAGGAUCUGUCGGCAGUGGACCACGCUGGGCCUGUCGUGUUCGAUUCAGAUGACGAGGAUGAAUGCGAGGAUCUAUUCUCGGGGACAUGGGAUCCUGAAAUUGUCGCCAAGCGACGCAACCGCAAGGUGAACCGGAGACCGAAGCUCAUCGGUACUUGA